GGUUGCUGUAUGGCGUCGUCCCAUCAAUAGGCAACUCUGGACCGCGUCCGCGACGUGCCUCUGCCUCCGUCACAACCAAAAAAGCCGUCACGCUGCCACUGCGCAAUCUCGUGGAAAUCAAGCGCUGGGAAGUGGCAUCAAUUGUUGUUGCCUUUUCCAGUCACUCACCGUAACUACAAGAAAAAUAACCGCGCUUUAGGUGGGGCAGCUCCGUUCUAAACAUGAGCAGCAGUCCCCGUCACUUUCGUCGCUCUCGGAUAGAGCGCGCCAGCAGCGCCGACCUGGCCUCCUCCUCGUCGUCGUCGCUGUUCCGGCGCUUCCAGGCCAAGAAAACCAGCAAGACGCCGACCGAGUCACUCGCCGCUUCACAGCCGCCUCCGCGUCAUUCGCACCGCCGGAUCCUCUCCAGAGAGCGCAAACGUCCCAUGGUGAUCUACUACUCCAGCAACCCGGCUAAUAUUGUCAACUUCGAUGAUUCCAAGCUCACUUCAACCGUUCGCAGUACCGAUACCACGGUGUACACGGAUGGUGAAAUGUCCGAAGACGAUUGCGAUGAUCGAUUCGACGGCGAUACGAAAUUGCCAGACUUUGCCGCCAGCAUGGGCCCGAGAGACACCUUGGCUCGCAGUCGCGGACCGGGGAGGGCACUCAUGCGCAUGUCCCAAACCUUCAGCCGCGCCUCCGAGAGGAUAGACACUCACUCCAAUGGAGAAGGACGUCACCGCCGCGCGGCUCGUCAAAGUGCCAAGUACGACGUGGCCUGGCGACAGGACGACGAGAGUGAAUGUUGCCAAGUCUGUUUUGCCAUGUUCACGAAACUUUCCCGUCGUCGCCACCACUGUCGCGUGUGUGGCGAGCUGGUGUGUGGCGCCUGUUCGCAAGACCAGGUUUCCCUCACCGAGAAGUUUUCCACUCCACGCCGCGCCUGCGUUGCCUGUUGCAGUUUGCUGCAAGCCAUGGCACGAGCUGGCGACGACCGUGUCAAAGUCGUCGAGUCCGACGUGGCCACGGCAACUCCCACCAGACGCCACCACAAAUCGGCACCUGCGGCUCCAACUUGCCACUCACCAGCCAGCGCCUCGAUGCCUGCGCCCGCGGCAACUCCUCGCUACCGUGACCGACUCACGGAAGUGCACCGAGUCAUGGCUGCCGGCAAAUUGUCACGUCGUCGUGGCAGCUCCGACAAGAAAAUGUACGUGAUUUCCAGUCGCUGGCUGCGUAGCUGGCUGGCAUUCACAUCGUCAGCUUCGAGCUCCAACUCCAGGCGCAACUUGGAUUACGGAUUUGACACGGAAACCUCAAUCUCGUCCCCUACGAACGACGAUGUUGCCAGCGUGGGGCGUGCCCCCGGUCCAAUUGAUAAUUUGUCACUUUUGGAACUGUCGCGUGGCAAACUCAUUCGUCGUCCCGGUCUCAUCCGUGACGAGGUGCUUGCUGGUGAUGCGGCCACUGCCGGUGAAGACGCGGAUUUCCAGUUGCUCUCCCCUGAAGUCUGGGAAGUUUUCCAACGUCUUUACGGCGGCGCACCUGCCAUUUACGUCAACUUGACGAGUGCCGAUCCGUCGGCUUGGAUUGUUGAUGUGUCUGGCUUGUUGGCAGCUGGCACCACUGCCAAUGGCACGAAGGUACAGGUGCUUCCUACGGUUGAACGCGCUUUGACGACCCGCCACCACAGUGAGAACGAUUUUAUCGACCCACGAGCUGCCAGAACUCCCACAGAGUCGGGUGUGUACACGCCUGGGAGCAGUCGAUCGACCAAGCAGCAAACGCCAAAGAGUCCGGCGUGGACUGUCACGAGCAGCAGCAGUAGCAGCUCUUUGAGCGAAGAGAAAGACCGUGUCCACACUCCCACUGGCAGUGGCAAAAUGCAACUCGAGGACUUGGAGUCUGACGUUGCCACUUUGUCAAUCGGAGUGAAUAAGACCCCGACCGAGAGUGAAGAUGAUAUGAGGGCCACGACGUCCGUACGUAGCCCUACCGCUGCUUUGGCCGCGUCAGCGUUCGCUGUCGCCAUGAAGCAGGCGAGACUGAACGCCCAGAAGGCCAUUGAUGAUCGCGCCUCGCGUGUCAUCGCAGCUUAAGCAACUUCAAGCUUACUACUCCACAGCAACAAAAAGCAGUAUUAAACUCAGCACCGAUCGGGAAGUAGAUCUACGCAAAAAGUAGACUAGAACAUCGAUUCGGUGCACCUUUAUCUAUAAACACGACAUGCAUUGCAACAAACAUUCCGUUCCAUUUUCAAUCAUCCUAGUGAAAAAAAAACUUUCGCUGGACGUUUUCGGCUACGUCAACUAUUCU